AUUUCAGGUAAUAAGGCAUGCACUGCGCCUGUUUAUAUUGAUGUCAAUGAAGAUGUAGAUGUUGCUGUUGGGCCUUGUUCAGAAUGUGGAUAUAGUGACUUUGAACCAAGCACAAGAUCCAGAUAUUAUGAAGUCCUGAAGUUUAGUCAAGAGGAGAUCAAAACAAUGGAAAACAACAACUGCUUUUACUUGGACAUCUGCAAAAAAAUACUGGAACUUCAGGAAAAUAUAUUUCACAAAUUAAAUGUGUGGCAAGCCAAAGCAUUGGAUUGUGGCUUUGAAGCUGCAAUUGGAGUAAACAUGUUCGAAAUUGCCAAGAAGUUUGGCAUUGAAAAUGUGGAUGCUAUCAAAUUCUAUUAUGGUGAGCAACAUCCGUCGUAUGGCAUGAUACUUUUGAAGAUUGGAAAGAUAUGUGACUUUUUAGGGGAUAUAAAAGAAUCCCUGUAUUACCUGCAGCAAGCUGAACCUAUUCUGGGUAUAGGUCUUGGAUCGCAGCACCCAGCAUACAGGGAACUGUACGACCUUCAGCAUAAAGUGCUUGAAGAAGUAAGAUGCACUACAAUACAAGAAAAGUCUGCAAAAGGAUAUAUAUAGGUAUAUAAACUAUCCUGUGGAUGUGAAUGUAGUUCUUCAAGCAGCUGUGUUACAAGGUUAACGAUAAACAUCUCUUCUGUUUUCAUCUGAAUCUUCACCAAAAUAUUGUACGGAGACUUCAGUCAACACAUGUAUAUCCAUCUAUACUAUGUUAUAGCACACAUCUUGUUAUUCAUGUUGAUUUCACUUCUAAGGUAACUGUGUAUUUGAUUGUUUUAAGGAAGCUAGACAGCUUGUGAUAAUAAACGUGAUAGAUCAUUACAUUAUUUUAGUCUGAUUUUAGGUAAGGCCUUCAACUGUUCUCUUAAUUCAUUUGAAAAUCAUGGCCAAAAUAUGCCAUUGUAUAUGUUUUUACAAUACGUAAUAAACUGUAUGUAAUCAA